GGAGACAUCACUUCGUCCCAGAAUUCGCGUUCUUCCCGACGUAUGAUUCGGUUUGGCUUUUCUGAGGAUUACCUCCUCAUACUGAAAUAAUCAUGGAUAUGAGGAAUUCAGCCUUUCCUUCCCCUGGCCAAAGUCAUCACCGCACAAAUCGACCCCGGGUUCCUCGUGCUUGCGACCGAUGCAAUGUGUCUCGCACUCGAUGUGAUGGCGACAUGCCCUGUGGGCGUUGCGACGGUGAGAAAUCAUCAUAACAUCCUACCGGAAUUUGAAGUUCAACUGAUCUUUAGCCCUCCAUCACCCGUGUCGAUACAACCGUAAGGUGAAAAAACGUGGACGCAAAACCAAUCGAGACAGGAAAUACCACGCCUCGCAAGGGUCCGGACAAGAAUGCAGAGGAAGCCUUUCCGCAUCAGAAACAGAACCCGUUGUAUCUGCUGAUAUAGAAUUACUUUCUUCGGCGUCGUCAUCUAACGGAGACACGGAGCCAACGCAAUCGCAUGCAACAUUUGGAGCCCCCCAGGAGAUAGACAAUGUCCACGGGGCACUCUCACUCUCGAAUAAACCGCCCGAGCUAUAUCCCGCCAGUGACCAGGGCAAUGACAGUGCCAUCGGACAGUCGCAGCCUUUGCACGACCCAUCAUGGAAAGACUUCAUGUCGCCUGUCACCUUCAAUGCCUCAACCAGCGCAACUACAAGUCAUUUUAGCUCCAGGGGAAGCUUACGUGGCGAUACCGAAUGCCGCUAUCCGUGUCUUUCUGCUCUGAUCCCGUUUCUUAAGGGAUUUUUAACGGCAGCCGAAACCUGCGACCUUCUGGACACUUACUUCGCUGACUACGGAAACCCCUCGCGCCUUCACUGCCCCUACGUUCUUACUACCGUUAUACGAAAGAAAUCACUGCUACGUGCGUCAAAACCGCGAAAUACAUCCCCUGCUCUUCUGGCAACUAUGCUCUGGGCCGCUGCUCAAACCGCCGACUGUCAGAUUUACCAUAAGCCUGGAUCCCGCGAGAGGAUAGCCAACCGCCUCUAUUCCCUUGCGCUAUCAUACUUGAAACGGCGCGACAUGGAUAGCUGGCACCGUGUCCAUGGUGGGUGGCAGUUAGAAGAAGAUAGUAUCUUUGACCUUGACGGAAACGAAUGGAACAAGCCGCGAAGAACGUUCGAAGCAGGGCCUAGACCAACAGUUGACGAUAUAGUGACCUUCGCACUUCUCGCGAUUGUCACCUCUGGUGGAGAGUUCAAGGCCGACUGUCUCAAAUGGUGGAAUAAGACGGUUAGCCUAGUUAGGCACCUUGGGUACAACUCUGAAUUAGGAAUCGCCGGGGAUGCUCAAUUACACGAUGAUUCUCUCGCUAUGAUCGAAAAUCAGGAGGAACGGCGAAGAGGUUUCUGGCUCAUCUAUAUCCUAGAUAGACACCUUGCUCUAUCAUAUAACCGGCCACUACACCUUCCAGAUAGCGAAUGCCACGUUCUGCAGCCUCUACCAGAUGAUAUAUGGCAGAAUGACGAUACAUUCCUACUAGAUGCAAUUCCGCACCGCACUUUUGGACCACCUAUCACGAUAUCUGGGACCGGUUUGUUCGACUACUUUCUUCCACUCAUGGCCAUUCUAGGCGAUAUUAUCGAUUUGCGAUACCGGCGUCACCACCCGCGCAUUGAAAUAGAUGUUUCCGCCACGCAGAACUGCAUCGAGAAGACCCUGGCGAAAUGCGAACAGAGCAUCAUAGAAUUUUCUAAUGCGAACCCCAGCACCCCUGGCACACCUACCCAAGCAUCCCUUGCCAAAAAGGCGAGGCUGGUUAUUCCUUACGCUAUAUAUAUUAUUAAAGUUCUAUAUAUUUUGCUCCAUGGGGAGUGGGAUGCAAUCUCAAUGCUAGAGAAUGACGGGGACUGGAUUAGCUCGUUCAAUUUUUCACAGUGUGCAUCGAAUUCAAUUGCAGCAGCCCAGUCCAUCACAGACAUUCUAGCAGUCGAUCCGGAUCUUACAUAUAUGCCGUACUUAUUCGGGAUAUAUCUUUUUCAUGGGAGCUUUGUGAUUCUCUUAUUCGCAGAACGAAUGCCGCAAAUCGGGCCCAACGCCUCGGUGGAGCGGGCCUGUGAAUUAAUUAUUCGAGCUCAUGAAGUCUCCAUCGUGACUCUGAGUACUGAGUUUCAGAAAGCCUUUCGCAAAGCCUUCCGCUCAAUUUUAUAUAGUGUUCGACAGCCGGGUGCGGUUGAGCCAGAGUUUCGGGCUCUGUGCAAGGAAGUUUUAUCCAGAUAUAGAUGGACAAUGGGACAAAAAGGGCUUUGUCUUUAGUGUCAUGAAUUGUAAAAUAAUACACGUACUUAUCCGACUAGGGAAUUGAAUGGGAU